AUGGAGGAGCCGCAGAUCAACAUCCGGAUGCCCGUGUCCCUCCUCCACUGUCAUGCUUGUGUCCUGCCCCUCAGACCCCCGAUUUUCAAGUGCGAGACCGGCCACGUCGUGUGCGGCGCCUGUCGCGGCAGCCACGUCCAGGCCUGCGCCGGCGCCGGCACCUACGUCUCCUGCGCCAAGCUGGACGGGAUCGUGCGUGACGCCAAGGUGGCGUGCGCCUACGAGGCGUACGGCUGCACGAGCUGGGUCGUCUACUACGAGGCGCUGGACCACCACCACCGCUACUGCCGGUUCGCGCCCUGCCUCUGCCCGGACCCUGGCUGCGGGCACUCCACCUCGCCGGCGAGGCUGGCCGAGCACUUCUCCAUCCACCACGGCUGGCACGUCACCGAGGUCGACUACGCGAAGCCGUGCAAGCUCGCCGUCCGGGGCCCCGAGGACAAGCAGGUCCUGGUGGGCAAGGCGGACGGGUGCGUGUUCCUGAUGUCGCCGUGCGCUCUCGGCGCGGCCACGGCCGUGUCGCUGGUGUGCCGUGAGGGCGUGCGGCAAGGGUCGCCACAGACGGGUGCGCGUACAGAGCGGUGGAGGUGGACGACGAAGAGGACGCCGUUGGGGUGGCGGCGCUUGCCGAAGUAG